UUAAUUUAUAAAGCAAUGGAUCGCUGGCGUGGUAAAGUAGCUGUGGUAACGGGAGCCAGCUCAGGCAUAGGUUGGUCCAUCACCCAACAUCUAUUGCAGGCCGAUAUGGUGGUCAUAGGUUUGGCACGCAAACUCAAGCAUAUGGAAGACUUGAAAUCUGAAUUACCAGCCGGCCAGCAGGAACGUUUCUUUCCCCGCGAAUGUGAUCUGACUUCAUUACCCUCCCUGCGUACCGCCUUUCAUUGGCUGGAGCAAAGAUUUGCCCAGCGCAUGCAUGUGCUCAUCAACAAUGCUGGCAUGUUGGAAUUUUCCCGUUUACUAGAUGCCGGCAAUGAUGAGGCCCUCAAGCGCAUGAUUGAUGUCAAUCUUAUGGGCUCAAUAUAUUGUACCAAAGAAGCCUAUAGGCUAAUGAAAAAGGCCAUGGCCUUUGGUGAGGAGUGUCAUGUGAUAAAUGUUAAUAGUCUGCUGGGUCAUACAGUGCCCGAGCAUAUACCCCAGUGUGGUUUCAAUCUAUAUCCGGUGGCCAAGCAUGCAUUGAGGGCCACCAAUGAAGUGUUGCGCCGCGAAAUGUUUGAAGACAAACUAUUGCGCUUAUCGACCAUUAGUCCCGGCUUAACCGAAACCAAUUUCGGUGCAAAUAGCCAGAGACCAGAACACUUAAGUAAUAUGCCCGAAUGUUCAGAGAUUCUAAAACCUGAAGAUGUGGCCAAGGGAGUUACAUUUAUAUUGGGAACACCGCUACAUGUAACCAUUGCGGAAUUGUUAAUGGUGCCCACGGCUGAAAAGUAUUAGAUCUAAAAGAUAUUUAUGUGUGAAUUGUAUGCAAAUUAUAUAACAAAAUAUUUUAACAUUAAAUUUAAUAAAAUAGAAAGAAAGCAAAACAUAACAA